AUGGGGGGUCUUCAUCUCCUGGCGGCUCCUCAUGAUCUCGCGGAGCCGGAAGGGGAUGUCUUGCUGGUCCGCGCCCUCGGGACCGGGAGUUCACCUCCGUCCGCGGCUUGCUGGGAAGGAGACCCCGAGGGAGCACUCUGGCUCUGCAGCUGGGCCUGCGCCCAGAGACUUCUCAGGAGCAGCUGGGUUCUCCUCGGGCACCGUGCACAAGUCCCAGUUCCUGAUGGCCACAGGACGCUGGGGACGGAGCCCGUGGAGGCUGGAGCAGGUGCCGCCAGGCAGCCCGAGGCCUCCCUGCCCAGCGGAAACCCCUCAGAAUCCCCCUACCCUCUGCCGCCUGAUCUCCAGCCGCCCACCAACUGCUGCAUGAGCGGCUGCCCCAACUGCGUGUGGGUGGAGUACGCAGACAGGCUGCUGCAGCAUUACCGGGACGGUGGGCAGCGGGCCCUGGUCACCCUGGACCGGCACGUGGCCGACGAGAACCUCAAGGCCUUCCUCAAGACGGAGAUCCAGCUGCGCUCCAGCGGUGCAGGCUGA